AUGUCCCUCACCCAAAAGCUCAAACGGGAGGCAACAAGCCGUCCCACCUGCGAAAUGCCUCUCCCCUUCCUUCCCUUCGUCUUCCUCGCCCACUUCACCCAGACAAUAACUUCCGUCCUCACCACGGAAGCCCACCGCACAACAGCGAGCCUCUCCAACCACCUCGAGGGCCUGCGUCUUCAGGUCCACGGGCCCGAACACACCUUCCACCCCUUCUCCCGAUUGCCAGCCGAGCUCCGCCUCAAAAUCUGGCAGCACGCCUGCGACCACCCGCGGACGCUCCUCGCAACACAUGCGCCGAACCCGACUUUACUUGCAGUGAACCGUGAGGCGCGGUACGAGGCCUUGCGGCGGUAUACACUCGUCCGGCUAAACACCUGGGGCGACAGGCGGAUCUACAUCGAUUUCUUGCGGGACAGCAUUGCCGUCGUGGAGGGCAAGGGUGGCGGCGGAUUCCCUGUUCGCGGGGCGAGGCACGUCAUUGUCGUGUGCGAGGAGCCGUUUCGGAACCCGGGUUCGUGGUUGAAGUGUCGGUACCGGGCUGGGUUGGAGACCUUGACGCUGGUGCUGAGCGGGACGAAGACAGGCAGCAGGAUUCCUGCGCCGCUUCCUGAGAUCCGGGAGCUGUGUACGCCCGAGGAGGUUCAGCUGCGGCUUGGGUACUCGAAGGAGGAGGCGGAUAGAAUAGGGGAAGAAGUGAGAGAGUUGGCCGAGGGGUGGGGGAAGACGCGGAUCCGCGUGGGGGAGUUCAUCUGA